CGGGGCUUCAAACUUUGCGCUUUUGUCUCAAACUUUGCUGAAAGUUUGAAGAAAACAGAGCGGAGGCGCGUGAGUGUUCGUGGGUGAGUGAGUGAGUGUGUGUGUCGGUGUGUGUGUGUGUUUGUGUUUACCCCCCGCGGCGGUGUGUUUGUUUCGGGACCCCCUCCCCCUCCCCCUCCCCCUCCGUCCAGCCGAACCGCCGACCCGCUCCGCUCUGCAGGCCGCCGCUCCGAGCACCUCCGGCGGCCUGCGAGGCGGCCGCGCCCCGCUGAGGAGCCCCGGAGGGUGAGACGGAGGGUGAGACGGAGGGUGAGACAGAGAGUGAGACAGAGAGUGAGACAGAGCAGGAGGAGCUGGAAGCCUCCCCCUCUCCCCCUCUCCCCCUCUCCUCUUCUCCUCCUCGGAUUCUUCACUUCUUCUGCUCCCAUGUGGCGCGCGCGGCCGGCCGGGAGCGAGCCCAGGUGACGUCACCGAUCCCCGGUCGAUCGAAGUGAUCGGAGGACCGAAUGGAGGCCCGCCGCGGUCCGCGGCCCCCCCCGGGCCGCCCGGGCCCCGUGCGCCGGGCCUCCUCCUCCUCCUGCGGGCUCCACCUCCUCCACCUCCUCCUCCUCCACCCGCUGCUGCUGCUGCUGCUCUGCUGCUGCUGCUGCUGCCGGGCUGAUGAAGAGGUUCUGAUGAACACCAAGCUGGAGACGUCGGACCUGCGCUGGACCAACCACCCGGCUGAAGACCCUCAGUGGGACGAGGUGAGCGGUGUGGACGACGAGCAGAACAGCGUGAGAACCUAUGAGAUCUGCACCCCCGGCAGCCCGGCCUCCUAUUGGCUGAGAACCCGCUGGAUCCCCCGCCGCGCCGCCAGCACGCUCUACGUGGAGAUCCAGUUCUCCAUGAUGGAGUGUUCCGGGCUGAACCAGCGCCACUGUAAGGAGACGUUCACGGUGUUCUACUACGAGGCGGAGCGGGACGAGGCCACGCCCACCCGGCCGGCCUGGAUGGAGAACCCGUACACCAAGCUGUCCACGGUGGCGGCGGAGCACCUGCGGCAGCGCGGCGGCGAGCGGCGCUCCAACCUCAAGCUGCUGCGGCUGGAGGCGCGGCGGGGGGCGGGGCCGGGGGCGGGGCUCUACCUGGCCUUCCAGAGCCAGGGCGCCUGCAUGGCGCUGCUCGCCGUGCGCGUCUUCUACAGGAAGUGUCCGCCGCUGCGCCGCGCCUUCGCCGCCUUCCCCGAGACCGUGCCGCACGCCCUGGUGGAGCAGGCUCAGGGUGUGUGUGUGGAGAACGCCGUCACGCCGCCUGGCGAGCAGUCCCAGCCUCCCAGAAUGCUUUGUGGCGAGGACGGUCAGUGGGUGGGGCUUCCGUCGUCCAGCUGUGCCUGUCGCCCCGGAUACGAGGCGGGCGAGAGCGACGUGCGCUGCAGAGAACUUUCCAUUUCCUGUCCGAGCCGAGGCCACUUCCUGUCUGUUGUCAGUGUGAGGCUCCGCCUCUUUCCGGACGGGAGAACCUCAGGGUUCAGAGCGAGGUUCAGAAG